GUAAUUCAAUAUUUCUAGCAACUAGAAAGAGAUUCAAAUUUCUGAAUAGAAUAAGUGUAUGGUGACAAAAUGGAUUUCUAUCAGAGCCAAGUGGAUUAUUACAUGGAACAAAAGUUCGCGGACAUCCGUAAGCAUUGUUUAAGCAGUGGGGAGUAUUUUGAAGAUACCGAGUUCCCCCCUGGCGAUGAUGCACUUUUCCUUAAAGAGAAAAGCAUACCAGAACUUAAGUGGCGCAGACCAAAUAUGUUAUGCAAUGAACCACAUUUAAUUGUGGGCGGGACCUCUUCUAUGGAUUUAACUACAGGAGAAUUUGGGAGCCCCGCCUUUGUUGCUGCGUGUUCGGUGCUUGCUAAUCAUGAAGACUUUUGGAAAAGGGUUGUUCCUGAUGCCAUGACCCAAGAAUGGAACCCUAUGAAGCCAAUGACAUACACUGGAGUGUUUAAAUUCAGAUUCUGGAGAUUUGGUCGUUGGACAGAGGUUGUUGUGGACGACAGGUUACCUGUGUUGGAUGAUCAGCUGUUUGGCAUUCGUUCAACUGAAAAGAACGAGUUCUGGAGUGCUUUGCUUGAAAAAGCAUAUGCUAAAUUGGUUGGCUGUUAUGAGGCGCUACAUAACAUGGACAGCGGAGAAAUCCUACAAGAUCUCACAGGAGGCAUCAUUGAACCCAUAAAUUUGCGCGAAACAGUCACUGACUCUCAAUCAAAAGACGAUUUGUUUGAGGAUAUUUGUGACUCAAGAAUGUCAGGACGUGCACUUCUUACUUGCUGGAUUGAUAAAGAAGCAGAGACUAAAGGAGAACUGGGCCUUGUAAGUGGAAACGUAUACGCAGUGAAUGCUGUCAGAGAAAUUAAACUUGGAACUGGCUUGUUAAGCUUUUUCAAGUAGGUUUAGGAAUAUUUAAUUAAAAAUACGACAAACACUCACAAAAUUUUGAUUAAUAUAAAUGUGAUAAACAUUACUUCAAAUAACACCUCGUCCGGCGCCGUGGCAUAGUGGUUAGCG